AAUGUGCAAAUGAUUUUAAAAAAAAAAAAAAAAAAUAUUGUGUGUUUCUUGCUUUUUAGAUGAGAAUGGUAGUUCGAGGUUAAAGUAGUAUUCGUGGAAAGAUAUAAUGUCGGACCGUGAAAGUGGGGAUGAACAGCAUCCUGCCCAAAGAGGGCAGAUGGUGCCUCAGGGGGAACAAGAGCUGGCCACCAAAAUGCUACAGAUUCAAUCAAAGAGAUUUUAUUUAGAUGUGAAACAAAAUAGAAGAGGCAGAUUCAUUAAAGUUGCUGAAGUUGGGGCAGCUGGAAGGAAGAGUAGACUACUUCUAGCUAUGUCUACUGCUGCAGAAUUCAGAGACCAUCUUACUUCGUUUAGUGAACUUUAUGCCUCUUUAGGCUCUUUAGGUCCACCAAAUCCUGAUAAUUUACCAGAGGAUGGAAAAUUAAAGAGUGAAGUUAUGGUUAAAGAUAAUAGGCGCUAUUAUUUGGACCUCAAAGAAAAUUCUCGUGGAAGGUUCCUAAGGGUUUCACAAACUAUAGCUAGAGGUGGACCUCGUUCCCAAAUUGCAAUACCAGCUCAAGGUAUGAUAGAAUUCAGAGAUGCUUUAACAGAUCUGUUAGAAGAAUUUGGAACUGAUGAUGGAGAGUUUAAAGGAGAAUUACCAGAAGGCCAACAUAUGAGAGUAGAAAAUAAAAAUUUUUAUUUUGAUAUUGGUCAAAAUAGCAGAGGAAUUUACAUGCGUAUAUCAGAAGUUAAAAGUAAUUUGAGAACAGCCAUCACCAUUCCAGAAAAAUCAUGGUCCCGUUUUCGCGAUAUAUUUGCUGACUAUGUAGACAAGAUGAAAGAAUUGUCCGAAAAGUCUGCUACAGGGGGUAAAUGAAAAAGUUCUCUCUAGUGCCAUCCUGAGCAAAAUCAAUUGUACAGAGACAUUAGUAGUAUGCGACACGUUCUUUGCAGAUUCCGACUGUCCCGCUGGUGAUUGUUUAGGUGCUGUUAUUUGUUCCCGGUGAAUGACUGUUUUCUUUGUUGCGUCGCUAAGAGAUAAAUAUUUAAAAAAAAUUAAUAAAUAAAUAAAAGCUUUGGCCCAUGCUAACGCUGGGCCCUUGUCUCUAUGGACCAGAAACCCGGUGAAAAUAUGGAUGCUGUAGCUGUGUUGUUUGUUUUGUUAAGUAUUGGAUUCUGAUUGUUCUUCGUAAAAUAUGAACACUUGCAAAAAAGUGCACCUAGGUGAUUUGUCAAAUUACUAUUUUCAAAAAACUUAGUUUUAAAAAAUGUUUGCGAUGGAAUUUAUGUGAUUUUACUUCUACACUGGACUGGUGAUCAUUUUUCAGAGUAUAUACAUACAUAUAUAUAUAUAUAUCUUUGCUUUGUUCAGAUGUUUAAAGAUUUAAUUAUUUUAUUUGAUACAGGAUUGAGUUUGUAGUUGAUUAUUUUUCUACGUGUACAUAAGUAUGCUGUUGCUACAAAUAUUUUAUAUCUUUAAACCUUUGUGAAAAUUUUACCGUGCUAUAAAUUGCAAAAUCCAUAUUGUUAUAAUGAACAGACAGUAUUAUAGUUGACUGUUUUAUUGUUGUAUUAUAAAACAUGCUAUGGCCCUUAGAAAUAUUUUUAAAAAAAAGUUGUUUUGUUUUUUUUCUUCAUCCAGGCAUACUAGUUUAAUGGCUUUGAAAAAUUUAAAAUAAUACACUCAUGAAUUUUGUGAUUACCUCUGCAGUGUAGUUUCAUGUUUUGUUUUGUUAGAUAUAUAUAUAUAUAAAUUUGUAAAAGGCUUCUCUCUGUGAAAAAGGAAAAAAAAAGCGCAUUUUUUAUUGUUGAUGCAAAGAUUUAUUUAUUAAACUGCAUGUUGUACACAUAUACUUUAAAUGCAGCUUAAUGUUACAUUAUAAUGAAUCUUAUUAAUAUUUUUAUCGAUUAGAAUGUUGGGAUCGGGGCUUGCUCGUUUUUUAAACUUGCGUUUCUAAAGUCUCCUAGCCUUCAAGCAGCUUGCUGCUGUAUUUGAUUUGCUGAUUGAAUUUUUUAUACCAUAUCUUAACUUUUAUAAAGAUUUUAGACUUAUAUAACUGCUAAUGUAUUUGAUGAGUAAUUGUAGUUUGUGUGAUUUGCUUGGAGGCUUAUUAUGUAGGGAUAAUUAAUUAUUUUAAGUUGUGGACAAAAUUAUGUAUUGGUUUUAUUUUUCACAUUUUAAGGAUCAUCAGUCUUGUUACAUAUUAAAUAAAUUUCUAGUUAGUACUUGUUAAUGUCUUUCAACAGAUGUAUAAAUAAGUUGACUGCUGUGCGUGUUGCUGUUGAAACUUGAGAUUUUGGAAACGCAACUUGCCUGUUUUGGGUAAGGGCAUAUAUGACAUUAACACUUAAGAGAAGUGGGUAUUAUUGUGUGUAAAAUUCUGCUUCUGCAGAUUGUAAGAUAGCUCUAUUUUUAUUCUCUCAAGGGUAACUUAUCUUCGUAGAUUAAAUUAUAAUUAAACUCUAAAUUGCUAUUAUCAUUCAGCCACUUAAGCUUAUUAUAUUGUUAUUUUGCUUAUAAAUUCUUUAAAUAAUUCGUAAAGUUUUAACCUCAUUGUACCUAACACUACUAGUAUCUAAAUCAAUAUGUUUAAUUUUUAAAUCUCAGGAAUGGCAAUUUGUAAGAUUAUGAGUUAAUAAUAAGUGAUAAUGUUAUGUAAGUUCUACCCUUUUGAUGGUUUAUCGUGAAGUAUAAACUAAGCCUCUAGUCAUCAGAAACUGCUGGCAUUUUCAAUGGCACCCUUAAUAAUGUGUGCCACCUAUAAUUCAACAUAAGCUUUGUGCAGCACAGAAAUCAAGUAAUUUAUUCUGUGUGCUGUACCAAUUUUUCCAUUUUAAUUGUUAAAAAAAAACUGCACAAAUUCCUCAUUGGUCUGAGGGUUAUAAAAUUUUACUGUGAUGCCACUGAUAUCUGUUGAACUUGGCAAUGUUUACGUGCUUCAAACAUGACUAAAACAGAGAGCUGUUUUUUCCAAAAGUUGUUGCUUGUUACAUAACCUGAACCGUUUAGUGACCAGGAAAUGUGUUCAGUGAUAUGACCCAAAUCAAAAUGGGAAAACAAAUUUGAAAUAUGUAUUUUCUCCUACAGUGUAAAAAAAAUAAAAUAAUAAUAAUAAAUUGGGAGGGAUCGGUACAGAUACUGAAAGUGAAAUUACAUUCACUGUAGUUUUAGCCUGUUGAAAACUUACUAGCAGUCUUUCUCUGUAUAUAUCAAAAGUCUUUUUUGAAUUGACUUAAAAAAUUAGGACACAACUUUGUACAUUUUUAUGGGCAGUUAGAAUUUUCUUUAUUGUUCUGAAAGAUAUAGAAUCACAAAUGAAAUGCUUUUAGUUAUGAGAUGCCCUUGUAUUUCUUUGUGUAAAUAUUUGUAUUGUUUUAAGUACUUUUACGAUCAGGUCUUUUGAUUUCUUAAGAGCUCGCCUAUUGGACUAUGUUUGAAUAUAAUUUUUUGUGGAAAGAGUUUCCUGUUCAAAAUUUUAAAUCUGUGAGCUACUUCUUAUUUUUACUGAAUGAACUGAACGUUGGUGUUAUUUUUUUCUCCCUCUACUUCUUGUUAAAUGAAUAUAUGGAAAUAUCUUGUGACUUGUUAUUUUUAGUCCUAUUAAAUAAUUUUACUUAUUAGACAAAUACUAGUACUCUAAAUUUUUCAUUAAAGCUAUUUUUCGAGACUAGGUAAUGUAAGAUGUGUCUGUGUUUCGGAAGAAAGCCUUGGGAACGACACUUGUGUAAAAAGGUGUUAUAAAACACAAAAAUCAAUGAACUUGCCAUUAUUUUCUUCUGGAUAGUUACGUUUGAAAGAAAUGUCUGUAGUAGUUGAAAAUGUUAUGAUCCUUAGGUGAGCUGCACCUGACUUUUAUUUCAAAGAAAAAAUUUUAAGUGAAACUUUGUCAAAUGCUGUUGUUACAUAAGUCUAUUUGCAGUGACAAAGAGAGUCAUUUCUCACACACCGGCCAUUGCUAGCUAUACUUUUCUAUUAGCAGUUACUGCCAGGCUGCUCUUUUUACAUAAAAUAACAUAUGGAAGUGAAAGUAAUACUUUUUUCCAUUCUCAACACUUUUUGGUUUUGAACUAUUUUAAGAAAAUAAGACGUUGUGUGUGGCCCCUUUAAAUAUUCUGUUGACUGUGUCCCUCUCGAAUGGUACACUUUAUUUUUAUUAUUUAUAUGGGGUAACAUAGCAAUCACACUGCCACUAAAAAAGAAGAAAAAAAUAACUUUGCUGGAUCGAAAGGUCCAGUGAGUAAGCGCAUCUAGAAAAUUUGAAACGUUAGUUAUUUGUUUGUUACAUUGUUGUAAAAUAAAUGUUAGUGCAGCACUUUAGAUUUAUUUUGUUGGUAAAUUAUGCUAAGUUUCUAUGAACUAUUAUAAAUAAUGCUUUUGUGCAAGGGCAGGUAAAACAUUUACUUGAUAAGGUAAAAUAAAAAUGAACCCGGUGUUUUUAUCUAUUGAGUCAUAUUUAAACUAGAUUUCUAUUUAUUUAAAAUGUUAUUAAUUUGUAUAUGUAUAUCUAUUACUUCUAUAGAAUGUUUUUAAAUGUGUAUACUCUACAAUGCAUUCUUAUUUUUCAUGUUUAUUGCUGUUGUAUUUGAAAACAAAAACAUGACUGUGAAUUUUUAUUAAAUUUUUUUUAAGCAUUUAAAAUACUUUUUAUUAUUAUUAUACAUAUUUUUUUCCUUCAUUCAAUUUGGCUAUUGAUUUUCAAAUAAGUGUGAGAUAUAUCUAUGGCAAACAUAAAAAACUGCCCUUGCUUCUUUUUUUUUAACCUUUUUAUUUAUGAAUUUACUUAAGCUAAAAUUUAUUAACUUUAUUUCACCCACAUCAGAGCUUUAAAGAGAGAUUAGUGGGAAUACUGUUAAAACUGCACAGUUUUAUGACUUAUGUAAAACCAUUUGUAGAUAUAUUUGUGAAAUUUUAUGUAACUUACUAUGUUUUAAAAAUAUUCCUCUA